AUGAUUACAUCGGUAUUUGCCUUUGGUGCGUCUUGUUGGGAAAAUGAUCUUGCCAAGCCGGUUUGGUUAAUAAUCAGAGUGCUCUUGGCAUGGACCGCAUUUCAGUGGGUUAUAUUCAAGCUUCUGGGAGUAUCCGUUGGGAUAAUAGAUCCCUUUAGAUUGAGGCUUAGAUCGCUCAAAAUACAAAACUGGCUCAAGAUUAAGUUCGUAUACUACUCUCUUUGGAACCAUGGAGUAGUCGUCCACGGCUUGCAACUGGACCUGCCGAGAAAGAAAUCGGUGAAAGAAGCCACCAAAAGUACACAGGAGAGUCCGAAAAACUAUUUCAGCAUUCCACGAUGGGCCCAAUGGCUCGUGAUACAUAUUUUGAACCUGUUUCGGCGGUACAAUUUUGUGUUAGAGAAAACAGAGCUCAACGGCGUGUUGAUCGAUAGCAUAACAGUGCGACUUGAGGGCAAGGGCUCCCAAAUAUAUGUCUCCAUGCUGAUGAAGGAUGCUGCAUUUGGCGAGGUAGCAUCUUGUGCGGGAGCUGUGAUAGAUCUUACAGGUGAGCUCAAUUUUCAAAGACCUCUGCUGCCUCUUGAAGAUCUCACAGUGGAUCUCAAAGUAAGAGGACUGUCUUUGGCCUACGAUGGACUACUUACUCUCCUGGAAACACGCAAGUCGGACGGUGAUGACCAGCUUGGAAGCGGGUCAGCUAACGAUCGCGAAGGGAAAAGGUCAUCAUCGCCCUCCGACGCUGACGGGCUGGACCCCAGCGACGAUCCUACUGGGUGCAUAGAGCACAUCAAGUCUCAACUUCUAAAAGCCAGUGACUUUGUCGCAAUGCUGAAAAAAUUCAACGUCACCGCAGAAAAUGUAGUAAUCAGGGAUAUUCCGCUUUCCAGACACCCAGAGCUCAUCGACACGGCCCGUCUGCUGACCUUUGAGGUAUCUGCAUCCAAUCUGUCCUUCGCUUUGGCACGACUCACCGAAAAGUCCCCCGGGUUCAAGUUGACAUUCCAAGCGGACGAACUUCCAUUAAACGUGAAGUUCACCAUGUCAUCCAUCGCAUUCAUUUUACACCAAAGAUUAGAAACCGAGAAGGAUGCCGUAAGGGUUUAUCAUUUUUGCGAGAUUCCUAGCGCGGCUAUUUAUGGGGAUACUAACAUUCUCUCAUUGAGGUCCAUUGAGGAGCACUACGACGAGCCCGUUGAGACAGUUCUCAAAUUGGUAGGCCACAUUUCGUCUCCAGUAGUAGACUUUGAAAUUGGUGAGUUCUCUCUUCUGAAAUCAUUUAAAGACAAUAUGAAAGUCUUCCAAUCCUUGCUGAAUGAUACUGCUGAUGUGGGGCCAAGCUGCGCAAAAACGAUAGAAAACAAGGAAGCCGUUUUCACUUAUUUCCAGCAUAUACUUCCACAAUUGGAGUCCAAAAUAACGAUUGAAGACCCUCUAGUCCUAGUGAGUGACGGGUGCGAACUCUUGGUUCAUAAGUGUUCGAUAUUAUCGCUCCAGACAAAAUCCGAUAAAUAUGCACUGGGCGGAAAUGACGGAAAAAAGGAGAUGUUUUACAAGCUGAGGAAUACGAUCGAGAUCAUGGAUCAUAGUUUCACCUAUCACAACAAGGUGAGGCAUCUCGAACACAGGAUAGUCACUAUUAACAGCAUAUCGAUAUCGAACUUUGCUGAGCUAGUGCCUAGUAUUCGGGCAAACUUUAAUGCUAGCGUUGACGUCUGCGAAAUAGAUCUUUCAGAACCAUCGACAUUGCUCACCCUCAAUAACAUCUACAGGAAGGCGAAUUGCAAAAUGUUGUUAGUUGAGGAAAAUCACUUCGAUCAACUUUAUGAGAGAUUUGAAGAGUAUUUAGAGGCGAGGAAGCAGGAAAGCACGUCCCAGAAUACCUUCGUUAUCGAUAGUGAGUCGUGUCCUAAAGCCCAACUUUUUCAAAAACUGCCGUCUCCAUUCGAUGGCGCUCGUGUCAAUAUACGGGGGUUUAGGAUAACUGUUGGAGCUCGGUCUGUGUUCAUGCCGAGUGACAUGACCCGAAAUCUAGAGCAUCAAAGCCCGGAGGAUCUUGUCAAUGGAGAGUUGAGAAAAAUGUCGCACAGUAUUGAGAGAGUGCAAAUGUCGUUGGGAAGUUUUAAUGACCAGACUUGUGGAAGGGAAGAUGACAGCUCUUCCGAUGGGUCCACUUUGGUGAACUCGGUAAAGGCAUUUUCUUACGACGAGUUUGGCCUCGAUGAUAGCGCUUCGGAACUUUCGAGCGGUAGAGAAUUUACUUGGCUUCUCCGCUGCUCGGUAUCGGAGAUGGUGACUACCUUAUUUUCCGAGAGAAGGACUGAUCGUCAAACUCUUAACGCUAAGACUGUGUUCAAAUUACCAGAACUUAGUAUAAUGACAUAUCCUGACACGCCAACUCCUGACAAAGGAGAAACUGGAGAGGGCAGAAUAAUCUUUUCGGUCAAUCUGGGUAGCUCUGAAAUGAUGGUCUCGCUGAUGACAGUUUUUCUUGUUCUUUCGGCUGCACAUACUUUCAAAGAAACUUUUACUGUGGAUGUUAACAGGCACAAAAGAGAAUCCAAGGCGAAACGGCAUCUUUCAACGCAGUUCUUGGAAAAGGGACAGAGAUCUUUCUUUAAACGAUUGAUGAAAAAAGAAGUUUUGGAAUUGUUUCGGUUCGAGUGCAAUGUAAGUUAUCUGAGCAUGGUAUUGAUUUUACCCAAUGGCGUGAAAACGAGAAUGGAGGUCUUUCGAAGUGGUUUUGUGUGCACUAAUGUUACCAGUUUAAGCGUGCAUGGGCACUUUUUCCGUUUGUGUGUCGAGUCGCCACAGGUAACCAAUUAUUGGGUGAGAAUGGUCACCAUUGUUGACUUCAACAUGGAAGGUGGCUUAAAGGAUAUCGUGAAUCAAAUAAAUGACCCAUCCAUCGGCCAUGAUAAUCCAGCCAUUACGCUUUCUAAUGAGAUGUGGAGCUUUACGAUUCCCCACGGCUUUGAAAUGUAUCAAAUUUUUGAUAAUAUCUCCACCACAGCCAAGAGCAUCAAGCAAAUGGUGCAUGCCUUGAAAACGUCGAGCGAUGAAUGCGUGAUAUACCCCCACAUCUCAAACCCUAUCAGAAUUCCUGUUGUUAACCUAAGAUCUAAAAGAUGGAUUUUCAGCGUGGAGGAUGACGCAUUUGAAUCUCAGCUUUCCAUGAUAUUUCAGGUUGGCCUGAAAGAACAGAGAGCUAGACUUGAAAAGUAUGCUCUCUUCGAAGAGGCAGCCGCCAAAGAACUGACUACAGAGCAGAAGGGAAUGAAAAGAGCAGAGAGCACUUAUUUCAAUACAAACAAAAAGUGCUUUCAUUUAGGGUACUUUAGCAGACUUCACAAGUCAAGAAGAAACAGCUCGCCCGAAUUGGCUCACUCACAAUCCAAGGGUGAUUUUCAUCAGCAUGAAAAGCCUGAUUUCUACAAGUACGCCGAAAAUGCGGAGUCCUGGGCACAUAAAUAUCAAAAGCUUCAAGAGAACGUCUCUACAUCAUGGAUUCGUAGGAUACAAGCUUUCAAGGUAAAGGAGCGAAUUGAAUUUCAGAAAAAUUUCGAAUUUCUUUGGGGUAGAGUGGACCCCGAAAUUUUCCCGCCUGGUAUCAACAAGCGCAUAGUGGCCUUUGUGGCUUCUCCUCCCUUGAUGAAUACGAUAAUCGAGGAUAUCAAUGUUACUAUUUCUCAGCCAUCAUUUGGCAUUGAUUACUUACCAGACUUCAUUCAUGGCGUCGGCAAGGGAAUUCCCAAAGACACCGAGUACUCAAUUCUUUUCCCUAUGCACUUGAACGCAGAAUUCCGAGAGACUCGUUGCCAUUUACGUGACUAUCCUCUGCCUUUUGUUUAUCUUCCUGAUUUGACUCCAAGGCAGCGAGAAGCUGGUAGCGAUGUUUCAAUUAGGUUGCACGGUGACGUUAUUAUAUCCGAAGAUAUGAUAAGAUCUGAUGAGGAGCUGAGGACGUUAUUCGUUCCCCUCGUGCCAUCUGCGACUUUAGAGAAUGACGACAAAUAUUAUUCCUUGCUCGUGCCGAGAACUUUAACUGCCAUCAAAACUUACGCCAAGGCCGAACUCGAGCUGAAUUCUGACGAGACCACUCUUGUGACUUGGAAUGGCUCUUAUUCCCCUGCUAUACAGCAAGCAAUGCAGUGCUUCGAUAACUUUUCGAAACCGCCAAUAGAUCCUUCUCCCAAGCUUGGUUUCUGGGAUAAGAUCAGGGAGAUUUUUCACGCAAGAAUUUCGGUCAAGUGGAAAAAUGGUCAACUUAAUGUUGCAUUAAAAGGAGCCAAAAGUCCUUAUAUGGUAGGCGGCGAAGCCGCUGGAUUCAUAGUCGGCUUGAAAGGCGGCAUCAAAGUUGGAUGUAACGUGACGGACGAUGCUAAGAAGUUUUUAACUCUAGGCUCUGAUGAAGUCUUCUUUGCAAUUCCAAACUUCUUCUCGAAGCCACUUUUGGCGUGGUCAAGAAGCAGUAAAAACACCUUAUUCUUUCCAAGUCACGAAAACACAAACUUACAGCACUAUGCGUUUUUCUACAAUCUAGUUGAAUUGCCGGAUGUCAAGACUUCAGAUCGCGACAUUCGCGCAAUGCGAAAAGGCUAUUUUGAAAAAACAGCAAUCAGAUUGACUGGUGGGAUAACACUAAAUGUUGGUAUGGUUUUUGAAAGGCGAAUGCCCGGAUCUGAGAAAAGGACUCUUCAAUCCAACUCGCACUGGGACGCACGUCUAUGCAAUCCAGUGUUCAUUGAUAAUCUCGACGCACAUGAUUCCUUUAGUGGGUUUCGGAGUGACUUUAUACAUCUCUCGUUUACUCUUUUAUCGAGCAGUCCAAAGGCCUACAAUACUCUUCAACUCACAGCAGGAGCUUUCAGAAUCUUUUUCAGCUGGUGGCACAGCUUUUCUGGUAAUUUACCAGUCCGCCGUGGACCCUUGUUUGGAAUGAGUAAUAUGAGUCCAAAGUUCGGAGUUCAUCUUUUCACCAUCUCCUAUCAUGCCGACAUCGCACCAUUAUUUAUUAGCCACAUUCACACACUGCUCGAUCCAGACACCAGAUUGAAGGCAGAUAAGAAUCAAUCUAUCAAAUUUGUGGGGCUCAAGGCAAAGACCGAACAUUUCGUGAUGGAUCUACAUCAAAGAAAAGAGGUUCUUCACGAGUUCAAACAGGAGUUAAACAUCACGAAGAGAGUGUCUAAACUUAUGUUCCACGAGGGUAAUGUUUCCAAUUACGACAUCGAUGUGAGAACAGUACAGGCUGAAUUUAAGAAUCCCGGAUUCGUGGGCCAGAAGCCGGAACCAAAGUUUGACAUUUUCGAUGACGAUAUGUCUUGGUUUGAUAGCUCUGAUUUUGACGAGGUGUUCUCGGAUAGAAUGGAGGAUAAAAUCCCUAAUUUACAAAUGCAUUCCCUGGUGUAUUCACCAAAGUUCGUUUACAGAAAGCAUGCAACCUACGGGGACAAAUAUCAAGUAGAUCCUGAAACGUGCCAAAAGAUUGAGCCGUUCAACAAUGCUGACUACCAUGAGUGUUCUCUCAGAACUAUGGUACAAUCUCCACAAGAACUUGUCAAGAAUCGACUCAAAGCGCUCAUAAAAAAAAGGGACCAAGUUCAACAAAGCAUCGAGAGGUCGUUACAGUCAAAAGGCCGUCAUGGCAUGUCUGUUCUGGAGAAAAAAAGAAAAAAGAUCGAAGGUGCUGUCGAACAGGUCGAGCAGCUUCUUCACAAUUUCCAGGAGUACGAGAAGUAUGAUAAACAAAGUGGCGAACAAAAUGAGAAAUUAACACCGGAGGAAUCCAGUGCGAACCCAGGAUUCUCACCAGAUUUUGGAUGGCUCACUCGUGGCUCUCUUGAAAAUUCUUUCGAGCAUCGAUUUUUCAUAUUCUCAAUGUUUUUGAAGUGGAACGAUUCUGUAAGGGGUGCAGUUUAUAGCUAUGUUCACCUACUGGAUUUCAAUAGGGAACUGUCCUUCAUCGCCAACCACAAGGCACUUCGAAAGGUCAACGAGGUUAUUCGAGAACUGUCGGACUUUGAGACCGAAAAGCGGCGCUCGGUUGAAGAGAGAAGCCAAGCGGAAUCUGUUAAAAACAUGCAAAACGAGACCAUCAAAAGUGUGGAUGCCGAAGAAGAUAUCCUCUCUGUGUUUGAGAAAGGACUGAGGAGUCUGGAUGCUGACUUCGAUUUCAUCACGCAUGACAACCAUGUUGUACAGUUUAUUGCUCCUCAAAUUCAAUUAACUACGUCGAGGAAGCCAGAAGUUUGCACCAUGAUCACAGCCCCAAGUAUAAAGCUAAAAACCAUUGGUUUUGAUGCAAAUGCUACGCAAAACGAGUACAAUACAGACAUGUUCAUGAAUCGGUAUAGUCUGGUCAUGUUGAAAGCUAACGUUUUUGUUUUCCACAAAGACAGCUUUGAUUAUGAUCAUGACAUAUUCUUCAGUGAAGACGGAUAUGAUCAAGCAGGGGAGAGAAAUUGGCAGCCAUGGCUAGGAUUAGAGCUUUGCUUCGAUUCGUCUUCGUUGGGCAAGGACGCGAUAAUAAGAGAUCUAUCGACGAUUUUCAGAUUUGAUCGGGUGUUCUCCUUCGCCAACGUCGCCGGGAUCAAGGAACCCAAUUUCAAAAACAAAAUAAUAUGUCAACUGCCGCGCACUAUCAUUUCUUCGAAUUCGAGACAAUAUCUUGCACUCUACGACGUGAUUGCGCACCUGCUGGUAUACAUAGAGCCGAAGAGUGCCCAUCUGCGAAAAGAAGUAGAGAAGCUUCUAUUGAGCUACGACACGACAAAGCUGGUCCAACUGAGGGGUGUGAUCACAGACUUACAACAGACUGUUGUCGCCCUCAACCGCUUGGAAAAGGAACUAGCUUUCAGGAGGCAUAUUCUUGAUUCUGAUGGAAUUGAUGACCUAAAAUCCAUACGGAGAAACAAAUAUGAAUCUCUCAUGAGCCUCUACAUUUUGAUGGAGGUGCUCAACGCAGGAACCCAGGAACAUGCUGCAGAAGAUCAAAAGAUGAUAUGGGAUUUGGAGGCUAAAGAAGUUAUAGUGCACCUGCUGCACGAUGAUGGUACUCCCUUCUUAGACUUGGCGUUGGCACGUUCGUUCUUCAGACGCGUGCAAUCAUCUUAUGGAUAUAACAACAACAGGAUUGUUAUAGGCGUUGCUCAAAUAUUCAAUUUGGAUAGGGACGUCUUAUUCCACAAUCUAUUAAGUCCUUCAGAUAUGAGAGGAGCAAAGAGCGAAACGGGGAGUGGCAGGGACCCACUCAUGGAAAUAGAAUGGGAAAUAGAAAAACCUGUUGGGGGCAUGAAGGUGAUCAGAAAUGCCAUCGCUUCAUUCCAGAGCUUGGAAAUCAAUGUGGAACAAGAAACUUUGACAAAAUUACUUCAGUGGGCGUUCCCCGCCGAAAUGGAAGAGUACAUUCAAGCGGAAAAUAAAUCCGGCUCUGCAGCUAGCGAAACAGAUGAGGAUGGCGCAAGUACCUAUUCGGAACCUGUCAGUGAAACCAUUGACAGCAUCGGGAACGAAAGGCAAUUAGCUCAAAAUGGUCCUCAGGAAGUUGAUGAAAUGUUCAAGAGAUCGUCAGACUAUAUGGUGGUGGACAACAUGGUUGUCAAUUCCUUCAAGCUGAUUAUAAGUUAUCGGGGGAGUGGAGCUAAAAGGCUCAUUAACGUCACUGAUUUCGGUUUUCUUUUCCCUCGUUUGACGUUGCAUAACCGGACCUUGAAGACGGUGGAACUGGUGAUGGUGAUCAAGCAAGUGCUGUUGAAGGCCUUAUUGAAGCAUGCUGGAAAGUUUUUGGGCAACAAAUUGAAAAGACAUUCUCUACACAUUGAAGCUGCCAAAUCACCUUUACGGCAACUCUCCACUUAUCAGUCCUACACAAAAGUUGAGGACCUGACAUACGAGAAGGGCAGCGAGGAGUUGAACCAUACCAAAGCUCGACAACAUCAUGGUCUUGGGGAUCCACGAAAGAGUAGCAGCAAAGCUUUUCAAGGGCGCACACAACACUCAAAUACGACACACCACGAAGAACAGCAAGUGCAUCAAGAACGUGGCCACAGGAGCCAAGACGGAUCGGUUCGGGAUCUACAACACGAAACUGACUCCACGAGAUCUGUUGAAUCUGGCUCUAGGACUGGUGCAGAUAAUCCAGCACCAGGUAGCAAAGGCAACCCAUGCGGUGACACCAAAUUGGGACAAGACGAAGAGAAAAAAGGGUUUGAAACAUCAAGCGCCCACGAUAUUAAGUCAAAUUCCUCAGAUGAAUCGCAGUACCAAUCGAGCUUGUCAAAAUAG